CUGUGUUGCAAAAUCUACAAAGCUUAUUUUGAAUCUGUUCUGCAAUAUGAAGUUUCUCGUAAUAUUGGUUCUCUUCUUUUUCUUUGCUAAAUUUGAUGCAAUUAGAUAUGAUCUACAGGGUGAUGUGUCGAGAACGAUCACUGUCAGUAAGAAUGGUCGAGGGCAAUUUAGCACUGUACAACAAGCCAUUGAUUCCAUACCAUCAAAUAAUGCAUGGUGGAUCCGGAUCCAUAUUAACCAUGGUGUCUACAAUGAAAAGGUUACAAUCCCUCAAGACAAACCGUACAUUAUUCUUGAAGGAAACCCUAAUCAUCUUACAACAAUCGAUUUUGGAGAUGCUGGCAGUGUUGUUGCCAGUCCUACAUUCAAGGCACAUGCAGAUAAUUUUGUGGCAAAAAAUAUAGUAUUCAAGAAUACUUACGACCACCUUAUCACAUUGGAGCCGAAUGGGAGGAAAACUACUUGGGCACCUGCUGCUGCAAUAGAUGGAGACAAAGCAAGUUUCUAUUACUGCACUUUCAUUAGCUUGCAAGAUACACUGUCUGAUGCCCAAGGUCGACACUAUUUCUAUGACUGCAACAUUCAAGGUGCUAUAGACUUUAUUUGGGGAAAUGGCCAGUCAAUUUACGAGAAAUGUCAGAUAACUUCGUUAGUCCACAAACUAGGCCAGAAUGGUGGUUAUAUCACUGCACAGGGUCGCGAAAGACCUGAGGAAACUACUGGGUUUGUAUUCAAAGAUUGCCAUGUAUGUGGAUCAGGACCUAUAAUGCUAGGAAGAGCAUACAGAGCAUACGCAAGAGUAUUGUUUUCUGGGACAUAUAUGGAAAACAUUAUUACACCCCAGGGCUGGUCAGAAUGGCAAGUCAAACCAGUGGAUUCAAUCACAUUCUCAGAGGCGAAAUGCAGUGGACCUGGAGCGGACAUGUCUCAUCGGAUUCCAUGGGAGAUGAAGUUAUCGGAUGAAGAAGUCGAACAGUUAACAAAUACAGCUUCUUUUAUAAAUCAAGACGGAUGGUUAGAAAAGCAACCACAUUAAGCCUUAUAUAUGUAAUCAAUCUCAUAGGCCUUGAACAAACUAAAACGUAAAGGCCCUUUAUAUCAAUAAUCAAUCUUUGAAUAAUAAAGAAAGACGUACAGAGAG